AAAACGGGGUUGGCUCCAUCUCUCCGAUCAUCUUCUUCAGAAACUUUCGCCUUAGAGCUUGGCCGCCGCCGUUAGCCUCCGCCGCUGACCACCGCGAAUUCCGACUUCAUUGCUCCUCAGUCGCCACCGUCCUUUCUCCCCCUUCGCCAACGUUCUUCUUCGUGAGAAAUGCACGCCGUACACGACACGAGAGAGAGACAGAGAGAGAUGAGGAAACUCGAGGGUGAACGCUUUGUGGGGAGUUGAUUCUUGGAAUCCGCUCGUCGUCCCCGAAGUCGCUAACCAUCGUUCGCUGCUGCUGUGCUGACUAGCGAUUCGGGAGGAGAACCUGGACUUGCUCUGUUCUGCUUUGCUCAGCGACCCAGGAAUAUCGAGGUGGGAAAAUCGCGCUGGGGACACGCUCGAUACCCGUGACUCCGAUCACUGGAGAUAAGCCAAACUCCCAUCGUUGAUCUAGUCGCCCAUCGUAGCUCUGUUUCCACACAUCGCCCAGGCGGGCAAGCGGCUGGGGAUUCUAGGGCUGUAGCUCAACUUUGCUCUCCCUCCCGCUCUGCAUUCUGGCGGUCUCUGGAGUUCUGUGAGUGUCUCUUGUCUACACUCCAAUCUGCUUCUCUCGGCGUUAGGUUUUCUUGUCAUAUGGUGGCGGAAAUUUGAAUGGCAGUACAUUCCUGGUGAAGCUGAAGGGCCUGUUGCGAAUACUUCUUGCCAUAUAUGGCUUCCGCAGGACAGGCGCCGUCUCUGAAGAGGCGGGAUCCGCCGGCCGGGAGAGUAGGCGACCAGCUGAUCAUUACUCCCCUCGGUGCGGGCAAUGAAGUGGGUCGGUCCUGCGUCUACAUGUCUUUCAAAGGGAAGACUGUGUUGUUUGAUUGUGGAAUUCAUCCUGCUUACUAUGGAAUGGCUGCUCUUCCGUACUUCGAUGAGAUUGACCCUUCGACAAUUGACGUCCUUCUAAUUACUCACUUCCACUUGGAUCACGCAGCUUCCUUACCAUACUUUUUGGAAAAGACUACAUUUAAAGGACGUGUCUUCAUGACUCAUGCUACAAAGGCUAUAUACAAGCUGCUUUUGUCAGAUUAUGUAAAAGUGAGCAAGGUCUCAGUUGAUGAUAUGCUUUAUGAUGAACAAGAUAUAUUGCGUUCAAUGGAUAAGAUUGAGGUAAUUGAUUUCCACCAAACAGUUGAAGUGAAUGGGAUUCGAUUUUGGUGUUAUACUGCUGGCCAUGUUCUCGGUGCUGCAAUGUUCAUGGUCGAUAUUGCUAGUGUACGAGUCCUUUACACUGGUGAUUAUUCCCGUGAAGAAGAUAGGCAUCUCCGAGCUGCAGAGAUUCCUCAGUUCUCACCUGAUAUCUGCAUAAUUGAGUCCACUUUUGGAGUGCAGCUUCAUCAACCUCGUCAUAUUCGGGAGAAACGGUUCACUGAUGUCAUCCAUUCUACUGUUUCUCAAGGAGGUAGAGUCCUUAUCCCUGCAUUUGCUCUUGGUCGUGCUCAAGAACUUCUGUUGAUCCUUGACGAGUUCUGGUCCAACCACCCUGAGCUCCAUAAUAUUCCUAUAUAUUAUGCUUCCCCCCUUGCAAAGAAGUGUAUGGCUGUUUAUCAAACAUAUAUCAAUUCCAUGAAUGAGAGGAUCCGUAGCCAAUUUGCAACAGCAAAUCCUUUUGACUUCAAGCAUAUUUCGCCGCUAAAGAGUAUUGAGAAUUUUAAUGACGUCGGGCCAUCAGUUGUUAUGGCUAGUCCCGGCGGGCUUCAAAGUGGGUUAUCGCGUCAACUAUUUGACAUGUGGUGCUCUGACAAGAAAAAUGCUUGUGUCAUUCCUGGAUAUGUCGUGGAAGGGACUCUAGCAAAGACCAUCAUCAAUGAACCGAAGGAAGUCACUCUGAUGAAUGGUCUCACUGCUCCUCUUAACAUGCAAGUUCAUUAUAUUUCCUUCGCUGCCCAUGCUGAUUUUGCUCAGACAAGCGCGUUUUUGGAUGAGAUAAUGCCUCCAAACAUCGUUCUUGUUCAUGGAGAAGUAAAUGAGAUGGGAAGGCUCAAACAGAAGCUAGUUACUCAGUUUGCUGAUCGCAACACCAAAAUCAUGAUGCCAAAGAAUUGUCAAUCAGUUGAAAUGUACUUCAAUUCAAUGAAAAUGGCAAAAACUAUUGGGAGGCUGGCUGAGAAGACCCCAGAAGUGGGUGAGACUGUUAGUGGCCUUCUGGUAAAGAAAGGCUUCACUUAUCAAAUAAUGGCACCUGAAGAUCUUCACGUUUUCUCUCAGUUGUCUACAGCAACUACUAAUCAGAGGAUCACAAUUCCUUAUACAGGUGCGUUUGGUGUAAUAAGCCACCGGCUGAAGCAGAUAUAUGAAAGUGUGGAAUCUUCAGUAGAUGAGGAAUCUGGCAUUCCCAUGUUACGUGUGCAUGAUCGAGUAACAGUGAAGCAGGAAUCUGAUAAACAUAUUUCACUGCACUGGAAUUCGGAUCCUAUAAGUGACAUGGUUUCAGAUUCCGUUGUUGCUCUUGUCUUGAACAUAAGCCGUGAAUUUCCCAAGGUCGUGGUUGAAACAGAGGCUAUGAAAACUGAAGAAGAAAGUGAGAAAAAGGUAGAGAAGAUCUUUCAUGCACUUCUAGUUUCUCUCUUUGGGGAUGUGAAAUUUGGUGAGAAUGGAAAGCUGGUGAUAAAUGUGGAUGGGAAUGUAGCGCAUCUGGACAAGCAGAGUGGGGAUGUGGAGAGUGAAAAUGAAGGCCUUAAGGAAAGGGUAAGGACUGCAUUUCAGCUAAUCCAGAGUGCUGUAAAGCCAAUAUCCUUGCCAGGUUCUUAGGUUUGUGAAGACAGCCUGUGUGCUACAUGGGAAGGUGCAUCCAUGCGGUUAUGCCGAGGCUUUGUGAUGUCUAGCUUUCACGUACCAAGGAACGGCCAAAUCACGAACUUUGUCAUCAUUGCUUUACUCGUGACGAGUUGAUGGGGAAUUGAUGAGUAAUUGGGUAAAAAUUUUGUGCUUGGGUCAUACUUAGCUGAGAUGACAAGUGGGGCGAUAUGGUCCUUUUUACCCGAGUUUGGGUUUGUCUCACUAAUCUGUACCCUUUUGAUUACAAUUCUGUCGGUUAAACCAAACGAUGGUGUAUCGGUAUGUCCCAAAUCCUCGGCAUUUAAAAGAGUUUGGAAAUUAUGAGAUCCCAAAA